AUAUUUUAAAAAAAUAUCAAAUUCAUUAUUAACAGACAUUUAAAAGAUGAAUUUUCCAAAGCCUUCUGCAGCAAAGAGAUAUUUGUUUUCUUUUAGAUAUUCAUAUGGCUUAAGAUGUUGCAAAUUAAAUCAUUCAUAUAGCAUAUUCCCUCAGGAAUGGAGAUUUAACACACAAAGAACCUUUCGAACAUCAACUAUGCUCUUGUUUCGUCCUCCAUCUCCUCUUAAAAUUCGGAAUACAUGUAUUAAUUAUAUUAAACUGAAAAAGCAUAAGAAUCCAAGAAUUGUUACCUAUGAAAAUAUCUAUACGGUUCCAAAUCUUCUUACAUUUUCUCGAUUAAUUCUUGCGCCAGUAACAGGCUACUGUAUUUUACAUGAACAACAUUUAUAUUCUGUUAUUUUAUUUAUUUAUGCAAGCCUAUCUGAUGCGCUAGAUGGAUGGAUUUCUCGAAAAUGGGGUGUAAAAAGCAUUGCAGGAACAAUCCUUGAUCCAAUGGCUGAUAAAUUUUUCAUCAUCAUAUCAACACUUUGCCUCACGAUUAAACAGCAAAUCCCAUAUUAUCUAUUUUCCGUUAUUCUUGGAAAAGAUAUCCUUCUUGGGUUGUUUGCUAUCUAUUAUCGUUGGAUCUCCCUUAAUCCACCUUGUACAUUUGGACGAUAUUUUGAUUUUUCAAUACCAAGCAUCGAAAUAAAACCCACUUUAAUUAGUAAAAUAAAUACUGCGCUACAACACUUGCUUAUCGGUAUAACCAUAACACAACCCUUUAUUCACUUAGAAAUUCUAUCUGUUUUCCUUAUUCCAAUACAGUUUCUCGUUUUUAUAACAACAAUUUGGUCAGGACUAUCAUAUGUAUAUGCCAAAGAUGCCAUUCGUAUCUUAAAUUCUCAAAUAAAUAAAUAAUUGAUUAAUAAAUAUUAUAUUAAUAAAUCCUAAUAGAAAUGACG